UUAGUAACUUUGGAAAAUUGAUAACGUCCUUUGAAAUGGAAAAAAUAUUUGUCAAAGGCUAAGAAAAAAAAAAUAAAGGAUACACAUAAUUUUUAUAAAAAAAAGGGAAAAGGAUCUCAUCAUCAAUGCACAAAGCGUACGUCUGUUUCGGUUUCUGUUUUUCUUAUAUCUAUAUAUCCAACCAAUUCCCCAUUAUGUUUUGAUUUUACAAUUUUCUCUGUUGCAAUUUCUACGUACGCUUUUGGAAAUUAAAAUUCAGCAAAGUUUUAGAAAAUGGCUGACGUUGAGGACAUUCAACCUCUUGUUUGUGACAAUGGAACUGGCAUGGUUAAGGCAGGAUUUGCUGGAGAUGAUGCACCAAGGGCUGUUUUUCCUAGCAUUGUUGGCCGUCCUCGUCAUGCUGGAGUGAUGGUAGGGAUGGGACAGAAGGAUGCAUAUGUUGGUGAUGAGGCUCAGUCGAAACGUGGUAUUCUAACACUGAAGUAUCCAAUUGAACAUGGUAUAGUGAGUAACUGGGAUGACAUGGAGAAGAUUUGGCAUCAUACGUUCUACAAUGAACUUCGAGUUGCUCCAGAAGAACAUCCUGUUCUGCUUACUGAAGCACCUCUUAACCCCAAGGCUAAUCGCGAGAAAAUGACUCAGAUAAUGUUUGAAACAUUCACUGCACCAGCAAUGUAUGUUGCUAUUCAAGCUGUUCUGUCUUUGUAUGCUAGUGGACGUACAACUGGUAUUGUCCUGGAUUCUGGAGAUGGUGUCAGCCACACAGUUCCUAUCUAUGAAGGCUAUGCACUUCCUCAUGCCAUCCUACGUCUCGACCUUGCUGGUCGUGACCUUACUGAGUACAUGGUGAAGAUUCUCACUGAGCGCGGAUACUCCUUCACUACUACUGCUGAGAAGGAAAUUGUGAGGGACAUGAAAGAGAAGUUGGCAUACCUUGCCCUUGAUUUUGAGCAGGAACUGGAGACGACUAAGACAAGCUCUUCUGUCGAGAAGAACUAUGAACUGCCCGAUGGACAAGUGAUUACUAUUGGGGCUGAGCGUUUCCGAUGCCCUGAAGUCCUUUACCAGCCUUCCUUGAUUGGAAUGGAAGCUGCCGGUAUUCAUGAGACGACGUACAAUUCUAUAAUGAAGUGCGACGUUGAUAUCAGAAAGGAUCUUUACGGGAACAUUGUACUUAGUGGUGGUUCGACUAUGUUUCCUGGCAUUGCUGAUAGAAUGACCAAGGAGAUUACAGCCUUAGCACCAAGUAGCAUGAAGAUCAAAGUGGUUGCUCCACCUGAAAGGAAGUAUAGUGUCUGGAUUGGAGGUUCCAUUUUGGCAUCCCUCAGUACCUUCCAGCAGAUGUGGAUUGCUAAGGCAGAGUAUGAUGAGUCUGGUCCCUCCAUUGUGCAUAGGAAGUGCUUCUAAUCACAAACAAAUGAUGAACGCAAAUUUGAUUCUUGUUCAACAUUUGAGUUUGUGAUGUCAAAGCUUUUAGGGAGUUAAUUGGUCGAUGGAAUAUUCUUUUUUUUUUUUUAGCUCUUUACUUGUAAUCAAAAUUGUAUCUAAAAAAUUGCAUCAUAUUUCAUUAUUUUGUUUUUUUUUUCCUAGUACCAUCUUUUGAAAAACCAUGUAAUAAGUUUUUCAGCUCAAUGGAACUAUUCUUUUUUAUGAA